CUUGGGAGUAUUUAAAAGUGAGGAAUGCUGUUUAGAGAAAAUACCCCAGGAAGAACUUUUUCACAGUGGUGUAGGGAGCUGAGUACGUACAGUAGAAUGGGUUCUCUGGAGCUUUAGAUUAUUGAACUUCCAGCGGACCAAAUCCCUUAGUGAAGGGUCUUAGUGGGUCAAGCAGCCUUUCAAGAGGUUUCCUAUUCCCGAUAAAAACUUGCGCCCUACACAGCUGGCUUAAUACUCUCACAGGACUUGGACAUGGAAAUUUUUGGAUUCUGACUCCGGCCCACCCAGGGACCAGUCCGCUCUACCCCACAGAGAGCUCAACCCUUUAACUUUGGCACUGAGCUGAAGACUUGAAGAGGGACACCCCAUUUCACUCUCUAAAGGAGGGAAGGAGGUUCUUUCAUUCAGGGGGGGGAAAAUGGGAGACUAUGACGAGGAGACUGCGUUUCUUGGACAAAUCGGUCCUUACUUCUGGGUCACUUUCUUCCUCUUGAACACGGUUUUCGUGUCGACCGGAUUCAACGGACUGUACAUCAUCUUUGCAGGAGCAGCUCCGAAGCACCGCUGUCUCAUUCCAGACGUCAACCUGACGGAGGAGUGGAGAAAUGCCCUCAUUCCCUUCACAACGGUGGGUGGCGAAGACGUUCAGAGCCAGUGCAGCCGAUACAAUCUGGCGGUGGUUAGAAAUCUGUCUGAUGAGGGUUAUAUUCCUGGAAGGGAUGUAAAUCUCACUAAUCUUCCGCAAGAAGGGUGUUUAGAUGGAUGGAACUACAGCACUGAUAUCUACCAGUCCACAAUAGUCACCGAGUGGAACCUUGUCUGUGAGAACCAAUGGAAAGUGCCAUUUGCAUCCUCAACCAUCUUUGUGGGCUACCUUUUUGGCUCCCUAAUCUCAGGACAGCUUUCUGACAGGUUUGGAAGAAAGAAAGUUGUUUUCAUAUCUCUUGGGGCCCAGUCUCUCGCUGUUCUGCUUCAGUCAUUCUCUCAGUCUUGGAGAAUGUUUUGUGUCAUGUUCCUCUUCGUUGGAGCCUCUCAGAUCUCCAUCUACAUUUCUGCAUUUGUACUGGGUACAGAGUUGUUGAGCAAAACCAUGCGGGUUCUCUUUACGACCCUCGGGGCCUUCCUCUUCUACUGUAUCGGCUACAUGACGCUUCCCUGGAUUGCAUAUGGCAUCAGAGACUGGAGAACUCUGUUAGCGGUUCUGUCCGCAACGUCUGUGAUUUACCUUCCCCUGUGGUGGUUCAUCCCGGAGUCCCCUCGGUGGCUGAUCACUCAAGGAAGAGUGACGGAGGCGGAGGUCAUUGUGAGAGAAGCUGCACGGAAAAACAAAGUGCAGGCCCCUUCGGUGAUCUUUAAAGAAUCUGGGGUUGAGGAAAUCCCUCCCGGGAAGAAAUACACCAUGCUCGAUGUUCUGAAGUCCAGUAAGCUCAGAUGCAUCACGCUGAUGUGUCUCCUUUUGUGGAUGGCGAUAAACAUCGGGUACUUCGGCUUAUCCCUGAACACGUCUAACCUGAGUGGCAACCCUUUCAUGAAUUGCUUUUUAUCAGCUAUCACUGAAGUUCCUGCUUAUAUUGUGUCUACUUGUCUGCUGAGGAAAUGUCCUCGAAGGGCAAUCCUGUCAACCUUCCUUGUUAUCGGAGGAGGGGUUCUCCUGCUCAUCCAGUUUAUCCCUGACACGCUCCAUUAUGUUGCUGUGGCACUGGAAAUGACCGGGAAGUUUGGCUUCACCAUGGCCUUCACUAUUGUUUACAUCUACACCGCUGAGAUCUACCCCACUGUACUUAGGAAUGUUGGCAUGGGAAUGUGCUCCUCAGCUGCUCGCAUUGGGAGUAUUACGGCUCCUUACGUCAUCUAUUUAGGUACAUAUAAUAAGGCUCUGCCUUACAUUUUAAUGGGAAGUCUCACCAUUGCCUCUUCUGUGGUUAACCUCUUCCUUCCGGAGACAUUCAACAAAGAUCUCCCUGAAACAGUGGAGCAGAUGCAAGAAUGCCAGGGGCUCUGCGGAGGAUCCAAAAAGAAGAAAUAUUUUCAAAAUGGAGCAUCACCCAAACAGCCAAUUUCACAAGGAGAAAAGUCUGAAGUGCAAACACUCAACCUUUAAAUUGUUUUUUUUUUAUAGUAAGGAAGGAUUUGUUUUUUUUCUCCAGGUGUGAAUCCAUGAAACCAUUAACAAGACCAAAUGUGGUGUUAUUUUUGUUUUGGCUUAGCUGAUGUUUAUGAAUUUAAAACAUUUUCUAAAAAUGUUAAAAAAAAAAGUAAGUCAAUAAAUUAU